ACGGAGCCAUCGAGCCCCCAGAUCUGCUUAAAAAAAUCGCAGCCCCUUGCAGGGAGGGAGAGGGAGAGAGGGGGGAACCAGACGAAAAGACGAAAUAAAAGACAGAGAAAGGGAAAUCCAGCGGGGAGCAAAAAAAAAAGCAGCCCCUAGACGCCCCCUUUUCGAGACUGUACUCUCAGCAAGGAGGGGUGUGUGUGUGUGUGAGCACCGAUCCCGUGCCCGUUAGGAAAAGGGGGUGUUUUUUCCCCCCGCCUCCCCUUUGCCCUCCCUCGGCGCGGCGCGGCGGGGGGAGCGGGGCGGCCGCAGCCCCGCACCCGCCGGAGCUCCGGCACCAGCACGGGCCCGCUCCGGAGACUAGAGAGAGACAGAAUAAAGGGAACAGCUUCCUCGCCGCCAAAGCAGCCUUUUUUCUCGUCUCGGGGUUUUGCUCUUUCUUUUUCUUUCUUUUCUUUUUUUUUUUUUCCUUCUUUUUUUUUUUUUUUUUUUUUUUAAACUACUCGCCGGGAAAAGCAAAACCGAAAACGGUUCCCCCCUCGCCCCCUUCAAAAGGCCCCCAAACAACCAACAACAACAAACAGAAAGCAAAAAACGACCCCUCUCCGAAAAGAAAAAAAAAAAAAAAAAAAGAGGAAAAGACAAGGAAAAGCGAGAGAACCAGAGAGACAGAGACAAGCAACAUCGAUUUCAAAUCCAGGAUUUUAUCCAGUGCAUUGAUUUUUUUCUUUUUUUUUUUUUUCUUGCUCUCCCUUUUUUUCUUCUUCUUUUUCUUUCCCCCUUCUCCUUUCUUUCAGCCCCCACUUCUUCUCCUCCUUCCCACCCCCCCUUUUCCUUUUCAUUUUAUUUUGGAUCCUGCUAAAAUUAGCCGGGACUGCUCUGGGUGUUGCGUGUUAAUUUGAUUUACUCUGGGAUUCCGUCUUCCAAGACGCCAUUUUCCCCCCUUCUCGCUCUAUCUCACUCUAUCUAUCUAUCUAUCUAUCUAUCUACCUAUCUAUCUAUCUAUCAUUUAUCUAUCGAGCUAUCUAUCCCUCUGUCUGUCCGUCCAUCUCCCUCUCUCCGGGUGCCUUCCCUCCUCCCCCCCUCCCUCCUCCCUCUCCGCUCUGCGUGUGCUGCGCGGCCGUGCGCUCCCCUAAUCUGACAGAUGAACACCGCCAUGGGUUUGCCGCAACACAAGCAAAAGCACCUUUGGGGGCUGUGGCGAGGGAUUGAAACCGGGAUCUAAAAGAGAAGAGACAAGAAGGGGGGAAUCCGAGAGAGGAGGAGGAGGAGAAGGAAGAAGAAAGAAGAAGAGGAAGCUGCUAAGAAGCCCUCGCUGCCGUUUUGGGGAUAUGGUGGCAGAUUUGGUCUCUUCUGAGCUCUUUCCAGCCUCUGGGCGAUCAGGACGUUGAACUCAGCAGACAGUUACCAUUCGUUCCCCAGGAUUGUAGUUGACCUUGCUAUCCUCAUCCCCUCCCGUGCCCCUCUUCCCUCUGAUAAAACUCCAGGGUGUUGCAGUCUUGCUAUGGAGCCCAGGGAGACUUUGGGCAGCUCCCGGCAAAGAGGGGGAGAGUCAGACUUUCUGCCAGCCGCCGUCACCUCUGUGAAGCCUCUGCCUACCUCAGGCUGCACAGGGGAGACGAUGCUGCCAGCGACGGGCUCUGGAAAAGGGAUCCCGGUGAGCGGCGAGAGGCUGGAGCCCGAGGAAGAGGAUGAGCUGGGUUCUGGGAGAGAUGUGGAUUCCACUUCCAAUGCAGACAGUGAGAAAUGGGUGGCAGGAGACGGCCUGGAGGAGCAGGAGUUUUCCAUCAAGGAGGCUAACUUCACAGAGGGGAGUUUAAAACUAAAGAUCCAGACCACCAAGAGAGCCAAGAAGCCCCCAAAGAACUUGGAGAACUAUAUUUGCCCUCCCGAGAUCAAAAUCACCAUCAAGCAGCCUGGGGAGCAGAAGCUUUCCAGAGCUGGGAAAAACAGCAAAACAGCUAAAGAGGAGGAUAGGUCACACUCCAAAAAGAAGGGAAAAGUCAUUGGAGAUGCAAAACUGCUCAUGAGUUGUGGUUGCAGAAAAGGGAAAAAUGCUCAAGUGAAAGACUCAGAUCAGAAUCAGAUGAAGAAUUUGGGAAGAGAGUGUGGGUUCGUUGUGCAGAGUCCAGUGACGAAAUCUGUGAACAAGACCACGUUCUUUAAGUAUGAUUUCAGAAGAUAUCCUCUGUUUCCAAACACCUCUUGCAUCCAUGACUCCAUUCCAUGCUUCCAGUGUCCCACUUCAUUCUUUUACUUCCAUCAUCCUGAAGUUUAUGACAGGCCACAGAAACAUUCUGCUCUUCACUAUGAUCCAGGCCUACAACAGGACUUCACCGGUGACACCUUAAAAUCAAAGCACCAGCAGAAAAGCAGCAACCAGCACCAUCUUGACUGGUCAGCAAGCUCCGACACGGGAUCUGCUUCUCAAAGUUGCUUCAUCAACACAGAAGCCAGUCGAGAAGCUGUUAGUGCCACCAAGGUCUCUGCUCCGGAGCCAGGAGUUUCCUUCAGCAAAUCCCAAGCAAAGAAGUCCUGUGCCAGCAGCACAUGGGGGCAGCUGUCGGCCAGUAGUAAAGAGCUUGCCAUUUGCAGCUCAGUCCCAUCACCCAACAGCAUCAGCAUAGCUGCCCAGCCCAGCAGCACCUCGGAGUGCAAUGGGCUUCUCCCUCUUGGUGAUCAAGAAGGAGGUGUACAGCUGGAGGCCCCUGAUCAGCCCACUGGGAGUACGAAGAAGAAGUCCAGCAAAAAGGACUUGAUGAGUCAAACCAUCCAGACCACCGACAUUGAAUGGGUGAAGAGUGCUCAGAAAGCAUUUGACAGCAAAACCCAUGACAGCAUGGAAGGGAAAAAGGAGUCUUACUCGAUUGACAGCGUGUUGGAUAUAUCACCCCUGAAACAAAAUUCCACUUCUGCUAGCAGUUGUGAGAGUGAUACCAGUCAUGUACGAAUUACUAUCCCAAUAAAAUCUCCGACAACAGAUACAUCUGGCCACAAAAGGAAAAAAAGGCAAUCCACAAAAUCUUCCACGGAGAAAACUAUUCAGGAGAAAAGCCUGCAUUCUGGACUUGCUAUGAGCAGUGAAGUAGCAAGCAGAACUAGUUCUCAGCCAGAGGGGAGUAAAAAAGAUCUUCGAGUCACAAAGCUAGGGAAAGUGAUUGAAAAUGAGUCCCCCUUAGUAGCUAUUGACAGUGGUGUGCUCACCGACAAAGCUUCUCCCAACAGUGCCACCAGACUCAGAAAACCUAUAGCUGUGACAUCCACUCUCCUACCCACCGACCUUCCCACAGCUGACAAAUUAUCUGAGAUCCAGCACCCCAAACAUGCAGCUAAGCGGCGAUGGACCUGCAGCAAGCCUAAAUCUAUCCUUCGGGAGACCUCUAUGACAACGUCUGAGAAGCUGAUGGUGGAGCCUCCUUCAGCCUAUCCCAUCACACCAUCCAGCCCUCUGUAUACCAAUACAGACAGUCUUACAGUGAUCACACCUGUCAAGAAAAAAAGAGGACGACCAAAGAAACAGCCUUUGCUGACUGUUGAAACCAUCCACGAGGGGACAUCCACCAGCCCAGUGAGUCCAAUCAAUCGUGAAUUUCCAGGAACAAAGAAAAGGAAGAGGAGACGGAAUCUGGCCAAGUUGGCCCAGAUGGUCCCGGGAGAGGACAAGUCCAUCAGUGAACUCAAGUUUCACAAAAAGGUUGGGAAGCUCGGGGUCUUGGAUAAGAAGACCAUCAAGACCAUUAAUAAAAUGAAGACCCUCAAGAGGAAGAAUAUUCUCAAUCAGAUCUUGUCCUCCUGCUCCAGCAGCAUAGCUCUGAAAGCAAAAGUCCAGCCACCAUCUAGUGCUGGGCCAACCACCAUUGAUGCCAGACUAGGGAAGCAGAUCAAUGUCAGCAAGAGGGGGACUAUCUACAUUGGUAAAAAACGGGGCAGAAAGCCAAGAGCAGAGCUGCAGCCUCGGCCAGAAGAACCUAAGACAGCCAUCAAGCACUCAAGGCCUGUUUCUAGCCAGCCAGAAAACCCAACAGUGCCUUCCAACCUGCAGUCACUUGUGGCAUCGUCACCAGCAGCUAUUCAUCCGCUUUCCACACAGUUAGUGGGGAUUAAUGGCAACCUUAGCCCUGCAAGCACUGAAACUAAUUUUUCAGAGUUAAAAACUAUGCCAAAUCUUCAACCUAUCAGUGCUCUUCCUACAAAAACCCAAAAGGGAAUGCACAGUGGAACUUGGAAGCUGUCUCCACCCAGGUUAAUGGCUAAUUCACCUUCCCACCUCUGUGAAAUAGGUUCUCUGAAAGAAGUCACACUUUCGCCGGUGAGCGAGUCUCACAGUGAGGAAACCAUACCGAGCGACAGUGGGAUAGGUACAGACAACAACAGCACUUCUGACCAAGCCGAGAAAAGCUCAGAAUCCCGUCGGAGAUACUCCUUUGAUUUCUGCACCCUGGACAAUCCAGAGGCUAUCCCAUCUGACACCAGCACAAAGAACAGGCACGGUCACCGUCAGAAACAUCUCAUUGUGGAUAACUUUCUCUCUCAUGAGAGUAUUAAAAAGCCAAAGCACAAGAGGAAAAGGAAAAGCCUGCAGAACAGAGAUGACCUCCAGUUUCUGGCAGACCUUGAGGAACUCAUUAAUAAGUUUCAAAUGUUCAGGAUUUCCCAUAGAAGUUACACAUUUUAUCAUGAGAAUCCAUAUCCCAGCAUCUUCAGGAUUAAUUUUGAUCACUACUACCCUGUGCCAUAUAUCCAGUAUGACCCAUUGCUCUAUCUUCGCAGGACCUCUGACAUGAAGUCUAAGAAGAAGCGUGGUAGACCUGCCAAAACCAAUGACACCAUGACAAAGGUGCCUUUUUUACAAGGGUUCGGUUACCCUAUUCCCAGUGGGAGUUACUAUGCACCCUAUGGAAUGCCUUACACAUCAAUGCCUAUGAUGAAUCUUGGUUACUAUGGUCAAUACCCAGCUCCUUUGUACCUGUCUCACACGCUCGGAGCGGCUUCCCCAUUUAUGAGACCUACCGUGCCCCCACCCCAGUUCCAUGCAAGCUCUCAUAUGAAGAUGUCCACCACUGCCAAGCAUAAAGUGAAACAUGGAGUGCACCUGCAAACACCCGUGGGAAUGGGCCUUGGAGACAUGCAGUCCUCUUUGGCUCCUCCAAAGGUUGGAGGAACAAGCCUUUCAAGUGGCCGACUUCACAAAAGGAAACACAAACAUAAGCACAAGCAUAAGGAUGAGCGGAUAUUGGGGACACAUGAAGAUCUGAGUGGUCUCUUUGCUAGCAAGUCCACUGGUUUCUCCAGCCAUGCGAUCAAUGAAAGGCUAAGUGGCUCAGACAAAGAUCUCUCCUUGCUCAAUGAGAAAAGCAAGCAUAAGGAGAAGCAGAAGCACCAGCAUUGUGAAACUGGACACAAAGGCUCAAAGAGUAACUUUGAAGUGGAUACGCUGUCUACGUUAUCACUUUCUGAUGCCCAGCAGUGGACACAGAGUAAAGAUAAAAGCGAUUCGAGCAAUGAUCCCAUUGACUCUUGCACAAAGAGAUACUCUGGUAGCACUGAGAGCAAUGGAAGGUCAGAAUCCCUGGACAUGUUUGGUGAAAUGAAUUCCUCAAGCGAGAAGCGGGACAACGAUGUGAGUGGGAAUAAAAGAAGAAGCUUUGAAGGGUUUGGAACUUACAGGGAAAAGGACAUUCAGCCCUUCAGGACAAAUAGGAAGGAAAGAAGUACUUAUGAUUCUUCGGCCUCUUCAGCUAGUCUGUGUGGUGCUGGUUUAACUCUGAAGGAAUCAGCAUCAGCUUUAGGUGGAGGAUGGACAUCACACAGUGAGUAGUGUUUGGCCCUACGUCUUCAAGGGGAGCAGAAGUGCUCUGCUGUCUGUGUAUACAAAUGGAAACUAUGCUUAUUAAAUGCAUGACUGUAUGUUGUAUUUAUGUAAAGUUACUUUCUAAAGUUUUUAUGUUGGAAGUGCCCUUGUUCCUGUUAAAAAGCCUUACAUUUGGUGAUUAAGCCUUCCAAAGGGAGAACAGGAGGAAUACUGGAGGAGAGGAAGAAAAGUGACAAUAACCAAAUGAACAGCAUUCCUCUGAUGUCAGUACAACACACACAUAAGUAACCAUGCUCGGCUGACAAGUGUCAUUUAUCCAGAUGAGAUUUCUUCCCUGACAAAACUCCCCUCCACAGCUCAGUUUCCUGCUGGUAUGGUCCACUGCCACACAGCACUGAAUAAAUGUCUGAUUUAUCCUCUCUCAGAAGUCAAAUGCAUUAGUGUGAUUUAAAACAGGACUUGCUAUGUGCAAAAGCAAGCACGGUGACAUGUUAGCCAAGCCACCAUGACUUUGUUUUGGUUUGAGAGGGAUGUUUUUUUUGUUUAUUAGUUUGUUUGUUUUUAAGAAACAGCAUAUGUAGUUCUGGACUAUUAUCAUGAAGCCUUAAUCAGACACAGUUUUACUCUCAAAAAAGAUCUGUACUUCAGUAGUGGGUAACCAUAUUUGUUCUCCUGAAUACAUAUGUAAGAUGCAGGCAAAUAAGAUUACACAACUGCCUAUUAAUCAAAUUUUGCUGAAUUUUGUAUAAUAAUAUUUUCUAUGAACAAUAUUUUUUAUGUAGUUCCAGAAUCACAGUGUUGAUUCAUUACUCUGCAGUCAACACAUUACUUCAGUAAUACAUGAAACAGUGGUCCAGCACUAUAAAUUAUGGACAUUUUUCCACCUGACCGGCUCAAAGAUGUGAUAUGAAUGUCUAUACUAACUGGAUCCUGCAUAUUUACUUAUGGAUGCACCUUUCCAUGUUGGAACAAGGAAGGGGAAGUGACAAGCAGGUGAUGAACAAAGUUAAUCAGAUACCAAUUCACACACAUAAGUAACCUUGCUUUCUUCAAUAGUGGCAUUUGACCCAGUGGUAUCUUGCUGUCAUAUGGCAGCGUGUGCACAGAUGUUGAGAAGUUUGAUGCAUGUUCCAGGGUUUGUAGACCCAUCUUCCAUACCAUAGCUUUCUCCUGUGACUUCAGAAAACUGUCUAGGUUACUGUAAACUUCGGUGUUGGUCUGGGAAAAAUGGGAUAAAAGCAGUUUCCUGCUGUACAGAGCCGUGGUAAGGUCUGAUAUGCAGCAACGCCCAGCGAGUACAGUGUGGCAGCAGUGGUAGAGCUUGAAGUGGGUGGAAAAGAGCCAUGCAUGAACUUCACUCCCAGAUAAUGUAUAGAGCAUUAGUCACCCUCCUUUUCCCCAGUCCUGCAUCUGUCAUGGUUUCCUUGGGCACCCCAGGCUCCUGUAUAGAUUCGAGCAGCUGCAACAAUUUUUCAUCACCUGUGUCAGUGAGAAGGUUGUGCCCUCCCACUGUGUCCUGUGGUGAGGGACAGGCAUUGUACAGUAAUGGGGUGAGUGUGCCAUCUGGCCCAUAAAAGUCAGCAUUGGAGUUUUACAAAAUACCAUUAUUUUUAAAUACAAUUACAUUCAUCAAAACAACUGUUUGGGUCCCUGGAUGCUUAGGAGUACAACCAAAACUGCUAAAAUGACCUCCAAAAGCAUUAUCUGACCCACUUAGGAUAAACAUCCUUCUUGUUGUUUUACACUAAUUCUGCUGGCAGUUCUGGGGAGAGGAGGCCAAGCUAGCAUGACUGUUGCUCCAUUCUGCUCAGGGCAUUUCCUAGAGGAAUGGGCUGUUGAGGGAAAACAAGAAUGAUGGGGAAAGCAAGUCAAAGCUUUCCUUGAAAGUGUUUUGACCAAGGCAUUUGAAAUACAGUGAGCUGUGUUGUUUUGUUUUGAUGCUACCGCUUGUUUACUAUGUUGCUUCCAAUUUUUGCACUGACCAAGGAGAGAAGGAACAAGAGGGAAGCUGGAGUGGGAGAGGGAGCUGGAUUAUUUACCACCCAACCAAUCUUUUAUUUCCUUUCUUAAUGAUUGUAUGUUUAUUACACUGCCUGAGGCUCAGUACAAAGUCUUUUGGACCAGUGAUGAAUUAAUCAAAUUAAAUACUGUGACCUCUUUUCUUUUUUUGAGUGUUACAAGCCUCCCAGCACCCUGCCUAAUUUCUGCCUCUUACUUUGCUCUCUGUCCAACAGUCAAGUUGUUCUUCCUUUGCAACUUGGCGGCUUCCAGCUAUUUAUCUUCACUCUUUCUGGCCAAUGCCAGAAUGUCUUGUUUGAAGUUUUUAUUUAGACCACUGCUGGUGUAUGGAAUUGUGCAGAUUCCACGUUGGGUGUGCAGCAGCUUCACAUCACACACAAUUGGCUUCUGCUGGGCUCUUGGCAAUAAAGAAUCAUGGCCGGAUUCUCGUCUCAGCCCAGCAUAAAUCAAGAGUCUCCCCACUGAAACUGGUUAGGUUGUCUUCUUGAGUGAAUUUUGUGUCAAGGCGAAAAGAGAGUGUGAGGCUGGGAAGUCCCAUCUGGGGCUUCAGCAGGAACCCGUCAAUGUCCUUGUGGCUGUGCUCUACUUGCUUGAUUUGGUAUUUGUAGAGAUUUUCUUAGGUUGAAUGAAAAUGGUGGGUUAAGAUUUUGACAGUGCACAUUCUAGAUAUUUAAGUGACAGUUUAAGAAGAGUUAGAAGGAAAAGUGCGUACCAUAGCACUGGACUAUACACAAUAAAAUUUCUUGCCUGAAGGCACUGAAAAUCUAGUUACAAGGUAAGACAUUUUCUCAGAUGCAUGGAGCAAGUAAAGCAACGUCUGUGUCUUUAGUAUUAACCUGCCAGUCAAUGUGACCCAAAGCUGGGCACAGAAGAAGCUGAGCUCAAGCUGUAUGCUGGUGAGUGGGAUCAUAAUACACUCAGGACAACCUGCAUUCCAUCAGACCCAACUUCAAAAGAGAGAGUUGGGGUCUAUAACCUCCAGAGCAUGAUCUUAGGCAGUUUCUCCAUUCCCACUGCCUACUGAGAGUUUUAUAUUAAUGUAUCACAGCAAAAGAAAACAGAGAGAGCAUUAACUCAGCUGCAUUAGUCUGCCUGAUUGCAAUAAUGGUGCUGAGUAACAAAAGAAGUAAAACCACCCUGUUUUAAAGUUUCACCAAGAAGGAAGUUAGAAUAAUUCCCCUAUAGAUGAAAAGCUGAGGGGAGGGGUGGGAAAGGAAACCUUUGACUGUCCAUGGAGGAGUUCUUACACAACCUCAAAGACUUGAAAAGGCCUAAGGAGUCAUAAUAGGAAUCGUUAGUGAUUUGUCAUUGAAAACAUGCAGCUGGACAUGGAUCCCUGUAGGCUUUUGCAGCAGCACUGAGUCUGACCAAACUUUCACAUGGGGAGGUACUGAUUUCAGGAGGCUUCAGGAGUUAACUGUCAAGCAAGGGCAGGACUAGAUACCUCAGAGGGAUUUGAUAAUGAGCUAUCAAGCCGUAGGUCACUGGUUGAAAUUUAAUCUGCAAGAACAGUGACAGAAAAUCAAAUCAAAGUGCUGAUGUCAGAGUGAUGCUGGAGCAGCAGGAAAAGUGAUGCUGGAGCAUUAUGCAGCAUACACAGGCAGCUUAAAUAAACUGGGAGCACACUGUGAAAAACUUGUCUGGUUGAUCCAAAUAGCAAGAUAGAGCUCAGCCAGUUUGUACUAUAUCUAUCAAUAACUCACUUUUUUUAGUUCAAUUGUUUGUGAAUGACAACACCAUAUCUCAUCACAGAAUCUGACCCGAACCCAUCAUUAUGCAACACUAGAGACAGAGUUGUGGAGACAUCUAGGUAGGGUUUGCUUAGUAGUGUUGUGGACUGUGAAUCAGCAGCGUACCACAAAGCAGAGUGGUUUGCAGCUCUGGUGGUGGAGAUUUUUGCUACUAGGUCCCACAUCAAGGCCAGCAGUGAUGGCUUUCUCAUUACUGGGCUCCUUGGCAGUCUCCCCAAGAUGACUUGGUGGUUUCACCAUAGCUUUCUCAGGGCUGGGGAGAACCCACAUUACUAAGACUACAAACCUGUUUCUUAUGAUUUUCACAGUUGCCAGAGGGAAGAUUGGUUGACAAAAGGGACAAGAGCAUGAGAUGCCCUCAGCAAUCGUACUGCAUAUGGGUGCCAGCAUAUUGAUGCUCCUCACUCCAUUGACAUAUUCAUUUUCCUUUUGAGUGAUUUUUAGCAGCAACUCAGUGGUCCUACCCCUGCUCCCAAGCAGCCGGGCUGAGGAUACGGAGUCUCUCCAGAUGGCACAGAGCUGCUGUUUCAGCUCUCUGUCUUUGGCCUUCCUCACCUCCAGUGUAGGCAGGGAAGGGAGCAAUAGUCAGCAUUGUUUUCUGUGCCAACUAUGAUUAGUUGGCAUAAAGAGCACUUAAGAAAGUUGACACAGUCUCUGAGUUGCUUAGUUUGCUUAAAAAAGAAAAAAUCCGUGGACCACUCCAGGUUCUCUUUGCUGCCUGAACUCUAGUUUGUACCAGUAAAACCUUGGGCUUAUCCCAGAACUGGGACAGGGUCAGUUGCAGAAUGUUUGUCAUUCUGAUGUUUAUUUAUUUGCUGUUUAAAAAAAAAAAAAAUCAACUCUGGGAGAGCAACAAGUUAAAAAAGCAGUUAAAUACCAGAUUCAUGCACAUUUCCUGUUUUGCUUCUUAACAAAACCUCAAAACCACUUUGAACAAGUUUCCCACCUCAGCCGAGGGUGGAGUUGUGUACACCCCACACGUGGCCUCCAGAAGUGCACUCAAGGACAAUAGCACAUCUCCUUUGGCAUGGUGGGGCCAAAUUUACUGCUAGCAGGGCAGUCAAUACGUGUGCCUGUGCACGACUGCCCAAAAGAGCUUCUGACUCAGCCAAGCACACUGGAAAACGUUAAUUUUUCUAUUUCCAACAGAACAGACUGAAUGGUAGAGAUGUGGCAGGGCAGAAACUGAAGGCAUUUGAUAAAGGGGUACCUAUCCAAGAUGCUAGGCAGAUAUUGGCUGUUUUCUGUAUGCUGGAUGAUCUGUUGUAAUUUCAUUGAUUUGAUUUGGUGAGACAACAUCUUGGUAAAUAAGAAGGGCAAAGAAAUCUAUUGCACUGAAAUUAAUGGCUGUUGCCUGAUCUCCUCUUAAAUUAAUUCAUUGCAAUCUGAAGCAAUGCAUGUGUUUUGCAAACCCAGCAUUCUUUGGCUCCUACAGCGCAUCAUGACAUUACUUUAGGCGGUAAGGAAGAUCUUAUUUGUGAUAUAGUGUGCUGUGGUAGAUAGAAAAGCAGCUAGAUGCUUGGGAACUCUGGAUGGAGCUAUGGCAUUUGGGUGUGUAAUUCUAAGUAACAAUAAGCAGUGCUUAAACAUUUCCUCCCACACUAAAAGCAUACCCAUUAAAAGUUUAGCCAAGUCAGCUGUGCAACUGCUUGCAUAAAAGGACUAACUGCUAAAACACUAAUAGGAGCCACUGUUGUCUUAAAAAGGGGGUAGAACAGGAUGCAUUAACCCAAAUUCUCCUUCUCUACUUCUAGUCAGUGGAGAGUCUCGGUGAGAUCAAAGAAAUCCCUAGCAGGUAAAAAUGAUAAUAAAUCAGGCUCAAGCCUAGGUUCAGGACUCCUGAGUCUGUUUCUCAGCUCUGUUUCUGAGAUGCUGCAUAGUUUGAAGAAGUCAGUAGAUGUGAUUUAGACCAUCUACUAGUCAACUUAAGUUCCCAUGAAAACAAACCGGAUGUGUCUAAGUCCAUUUCAUCUGAAGAAUCUGCAUCCCCAACAGACUGAGUAUGUAUAUAAAUCUAGACAUUGUGUUUUGGAUUUAAGAGUAACUUAUACACAUAAGCAUAUGGCUUUGCAUGUGUUCAGUGAUUGACAACUCCUAGGUGUCCAUCAUGACUCACAAGUGGGUGAGGAGGUUCUAAUACCUCCCAAAGUGUUGAAAAGGGCCCACUUCAUUAUGUUGUGGCCUGACUGAACACACCGCUUUUAGGUGACAUUGAACUAGCAUGGAACAUCUCAGUAAGAGGAAUUUGGGACAGGCUUAUACUGGUUUUGUGGACCAAACCAGAGAAUCUAUGCCUCUGGACUGCUUGUUGCAAGGCUGGCUUGUGUUCACACAGUUGAGAGCUGGGAUCAUCUGGAGCAGGCAGAUCGAUCCAUGCUGCACAGUAUUUGAUCCUGAUGUCCACUGGGCAAUAUCUCCCUGUAGUCCUAGAGUAAAAUUAUAGUUAUUUCUGAUUUGUUUUGUUUUGUUUUCCUAAUACAAAUGUCAAAAUAGAGGUUUUUAUGCAGCCAUCUUCUUCCUGUGAGCUCUGGGAGUGACAGAAGGGAUACUGUGGUUUUGGGACUUCUGACUAGCAUCAUAAUAUUACAUGAAGUGAAGAGGCAAAGUUGAGUUGUGCAUGUCCACACCACGCCUGGAGAAGAUCCUGGAGAAUGCUGUCAUCUUGUUCAUGCCCAGCUUUCCUCUUGGAUGGAAUGAACGGCUCCCUAAUGGCCAACUGACAGGUAGAGAGUGCUGAGGACGUGGAUACCAAGAUACAGGACAGGGACAAGUCAGUCUGGCAGUGUAAGAAUACUCGGGGACUACUAAGCGCCAGCUAAGCCUAGGGCAUGAGGGAAGGUCUGUUCUCUGGCCUAAUUCAACUCAUGCUGUUUAUCUGACAGAGCUCUAAAAUAAAAGAUUUACAAGCAAAAGACCUCCUCUUCCACUGGGCUGAAACCUUUCCUCUUCUCUUGCUUCUCAGUCUUACACUUUUGAUUGUUGAGCAGUUGACUUUCAGGAAGAGGAGGCAAUGCCUCCACUCCGAACUACCAGUAUCUUGGUAUAGUCUGAGCAAGUGGAAAUGCUGGAUCGCACCCCCUUGGACUAGACAACCUAGAUCUCUUAGUUUUCUAUUUUCUGGAUAAGUGCUCAAACCAUUCAUAUCUUAUGCUUCCUUCUCUCACUUAUCCCACAGCAAAGGUGCUUGGCCUUCAGAGGAGAAUUUGCAUUUUGAUUCCCAUGUAAGUAGGAUUGCACACUGUUGAGCCUUGAAUUAAGCACUUAGCCAGCCACACUCCUGAGGAUAAUAUUUCCUAGUGCCUACACCUGGGUGGCUGCAUGCAACCACACUAAAUCAUCCCACAAAGGACUCAUAGGUCACCAUUCAGUUGGUGGAGAAACAUUUGAGCAUGACUUGGGUGCCACUUCAGAGGCAUCCGUCUCUGCAUUGCUCGUGUAGUUUGCGUAGGCACCUGCCUUAAGUGAUCUGAAUCAUUUUGCUGAAGCCAAGCACCUACAUUUUUUAGAUGUUGCAACAAAUAAAUUGGGUGUCUAAAGCAGGCAUUCUCAAUCUAGCCUUCAGGGUCUCCACAUUUACUGACAGAUAUAAUGAUAUAAUAGUCCUUGCCCAACUCAAAUUGCUGUUGCAAGAUUUUAAUUAAUUAAUACUGGCAAGGCUUUGAAAUGUUGGAAGUGAAAUGAGGUCUAUAAACUAAGUGUAUUGUUAUGACUUGAUGGCACAUUAUACUUCACUUUCACACCAUACCUGAGCACAGAGCAGGGCAGAUGCAUCUUCUGAUUCAUCAUGAAUCAUGAAGAAGCCUAUUUGAAUUGUUGAUAUAAUUGAUAUAUUUACACUGGUUAAAAUGUUCCAGGGAAGAGAUGUUACUUCUCACUCCAAGACUGCUGGCCAAAGUGCUGGCAGAUCCCCCUUUUUUUUUUUAGUUUCUAAGUGUUACCCCAUCCAUACUGGAGUUUUCAGUCACCCAGCACUAAGUGUUCAAGCAAGAUGUAUGAGAAGGUAGCUGGAGAUGUGAGAGUCCUACUAAGAUUUACAGAAGACCUGAUUACUCCCCCGUGACAGUGUUGGCUAGCACAAGUACUCAUCCUGAGCAGUGCAGUCCCCUAAAAAACUUUUGGUCUCCCAUUUCUCUAGUAUGAUUGAUGUUAAUUAUAGCCAUGCAGUUUCAAAGAUGGGCAAGACCUCCAAGUGACACUGGUAUUCCCAAAGUCCUUCUGGUUCUUAGCAUCAGAUUAGCACACAGAACUCCUUCGAGUAAGUCCCUUGGUAGCUAACAUUGUUUCAUCAAAUUACAAAGUAGCCCAUUAGGUUCCUAGUCAGGUUUAAUUUUCUCUGUAUGUAAAUUCUUAAUGAAGAAUGCUAUAAGCUUACUUGCUAAGCACUUUGCCUCCGCUGCUGUGUGAAACACAGGCCAAUGCCGCAAGGUAAAGACAGGAGAGAAGGGCACCCACUAAACAGUGUAAGUCCAGGUGAUAACACUAAACAUCUAAGGGAUGACACUAUUCAGAUAGACACCAGAAAGAGAUGACCUCAGGAGAAUGUAUCUGGAUGCCAUGCAGAUAGCUGGUGUAGUUCUGUCAACAGGUCUCCUGCCUGAGGAGCAGCUCUUUGCAUGGGGAUAUAAUGGUACUGCCAGCUUCUGUUGCUCUUGACAGUGUGCAGGAGGGCUAUUGGCAUUGCUACUCAGCCCUCAUGCCUUGUCUGAUACAGUGCAGUACACUAAAUUGAACUGAAUGAACUGUUCUUUAGUACUGACCCCUCCACAGAAGAAUAUUCAUUUUUACAACCCAUUACUAAAAUCAAGAUAAUCCUGUCUGUUAUUAUCAUUCUUAUGUCUUACCAUAGAACCACAGAAUCAUAUAAUGUCCUGAGUUGGAAGGGACCCACAAGGAUCACCAAGUCCAUCUCCUGUCCCUGCACAGGACAACCCACAGUUCACACCAUGUGUCCGAGGACGUUGUCCAGUCUUGUCAGUUGUCAGUUCUUGAACACUGUCAGGCUUGGGGCGGUGACACCUCCCUGGGGCACCUGUUCCAGUGUCCAGCACCCUCUGGGUGAAGAACCUUUUUCUCAUGUCAAAUCUGACCCUGCCCUGGCGCAUCUUCCUGCCAUUCCCUCGGGUUCUGUUGUUAGUCACCAGAGAGAAGAGCUCAGUCCUGCCUCUCCUCUGUAGCCACCAUGGUGUAGCUGUAGCUGUAGCCACCACGAGCUCUCCCCUCAGUCUCUUACAGGCUGAACAAACCAAGUGACACUAGCGGCUCCUCAUACAGCUUCCCCUCCAAACGCUUUACUAGCUUCAUGGCCCUCUUAUGUCCUGUCAAAGAUGUGAUUUACAUUUGCCCCCCCUGGGUAAUUCCUAAUUCAGGACAUAAGAGAUGCCCUGAAGGUCAAGUAAAAUUUUACUUACAUGAACUGUCCAGCAGUCAAAAGACUUUCAUGUAGACUGUCCACUUUGAGUCAAGUUCAGACAGAAGUGAGUGUCAUGAGAAUGUGUCUCUCAAUAAGACCUGACAAGCCAGUAGAUUUUGUGCUCUCAUUACAUAUGCUGUUAGGUAUUAAAUAUUCUAAUUGAUUUGUAUGUCAUGCUUUUCAGCAGUAAAUCCCAGACUGGUUUUACGAGAGAGGUCACUAUCUUUACCCUCAUUUCACGGGCAAAUAAACCAAGGUGCAGGGAGGUCUAAUGCCAGAAGGUCGGUGUCAGAGCGAGAGACAGCUAAUUGCAACAGACUUAAAUACAUCACUGUGCAUGAGUGUCAGUAAUUCUUAUUGCAGCAUCAACCUCAAAGUUAUGCAGAGAUACCAAAGACAGAAAUAGAGCAGCACUGACCUCUUCUCUACAGAUAGGGAUGUGGUCUCCAGAGAUUUUUCCCCCAAGAAUUUAUAAAUGACAUAAAGAAGAGCAGGUGCCAUUUCUCCACCUGGGUGACUAUGCCCAGAGGCAACAGAAGUCAUUUUUAGGAUAUAGUUCCCCUCCUAUUUACAUCAAGCUAGUAGCAGUGCUUAUUUUAACACAGUUGCCAGGCGACUUUAUUUUUAGGUCCUGUCAGCAUAGCAUCAUUUUGUAAUUCUUGCCUUGGUUAAAACAAGUAAAGACAGGGAAUGUGGAAUUCACUGGAAAAAUUAUUGCUGCCUCAGAAAUAUAAAUUGAUAGCCUAAGAAAGCAGUGAUCUUCUCUUUCUCAUAACGAGAAAUGCUCUAGAUCUAUAAAGCAUCCCUAAUAUUUUACUUUAAGAGACCAAAUCACAAGUCAGGUUACAUUUCAGUAGGAACUAAAUAGAUUUUUCAGCUCUUAAGGGGUUCCUUAGAGAAUCUUAUUUCAUCUAAAUAACGUUGCUCUCUUGAUGACUACCACAUUCCUAUAGGAAAAUUUGCCAGUGGGGCAUAAUCUUGGUUUAAAUUGUCCUAGAAAAUAAUACAUUAUUGAAAAGGAAAAAAAUUAAUAAAAGAAAAGGAGGAAGAAGAUGCAGUCUGUGAAUUUCACACAAAUAAGAAAAAUCCAGUUGCCAUGAAGACUGAUCAGCCACAUGUAUUUCUGUAAGCAUGUGUCAACUUGAUGUACUGCACUUCUGUGUUUUAUUCAAUUACCAUGUAUCAGAAGAACGUAAUUGCUGUACUGCAUCUACCUCAUCUGGUAUCCCAUCCAAAGAAUGUGGGAGAGAAGGCCUGCAGAAGACGAAAACAGCACAAUGUAUCUGUGGAAGGCUUCUCUUCCUCCUUCCCCUGAUUAACAGUUUGGCUUUUGUCCUUGUGAAUCACUUUUUAUAUCUCUUUCUUUUCUCUCACAGCGUAAUAGUAAAUACUCUUAUCACCUGCACUUCAGAAACGUCUGAGGUUUUUUUCGUCUUCAUAAUACUUUUGAUAAAUCCUGCCACAGGAAGUGAAAGUUGAAAUGUGACCAGUCUAUCAGGAACAAAAACAUUAAGGAUGGGAGCGCUCACGGAAACCAGCUCCAGAGCAAUAGCAAUGAUUCCUAGUAUAUGAGGCUCAGUGGAGAGAAACUGUGGGCAGAGCUAAAAUUUCAAUGAGGACACAUCCUAAUUUAUACUAGCUAGGAUCUGGAGAAAGAUACCUUUACAUUACCUAAACGUCUUCUGCCCUGGGUGUUGCCCAAGAAGAUGAAGUUUGCAAAGAAAAUUCAUUUAUUCACUAAUAGAGAGCUGCCUCUAAGGAGGGGACAGAUAGUUGCAUAGUGGUGUGCUGAAAUCCAACACACAUUCUGGGGACCAGAAGACUGUGAGUAGCAUUAGGACAGGUACCCAGAAUUGCUCUAAAUGUAGUUUAUUGUUUCCCAAAUUUGUCUUAUUCUAAUGAGUAUUAUAAAAUAUACCUUAAAAACAAGUUUAAAGAAAUAGAUUUUCUGGACUGACUGCUAGAAAAUCCAGAACUGUUUAACAAUGUGCAACCUGUGUCUUUUUUCAGCAAUAAGUGAUAUUUUUCAGGCUGUGGAAUGACAUUGUUUCAUCCCUUGGGUUUCCAUGUGCUUUUUUUAUUUGUUGGCAGGGCUGUUUUAUUGCACAAUGUUGAUAUAUUUAUUUUGACUUCUAAUUUGCAGUCUUAUAAUAGGCCUUUGGUGCCCAGGAGAAGUCAAAGCAAUGAAAAGAUUCUUCUCUGAGAAACAAUAUUCCAUUUUUAAUCAUAACAUCCUGCCGGAUUUCAAAUAAUUUCUUAAAACUCUAACAUGAAUGUAUCUGUGGAUCGCCUACUAAAGACAGCUAUUAAGGAACUUUUGAUAGUUAAGGAGGCCUGAAGAAAUCGUGUUGGACGAUCAUUUGAUAGCAAUAUUCUCACGAUAAUUAUGAAGGACCAAAUCUUUAUCUUCUCAAAUUUCACCAUUUAAUGUAUGUAGAUCAAGACCCCAUUCCUUUAGCCAUAAUACAAUUGAUACUAACAGGUUUGAACAAAUAGACUAAUAGCUCACAAUCCACCUCACUUCAUUUUCACUUGUCAGUGGAAAUACACUACUCACUUUCAGUGUGCAUUUAUACUCCAAAACACUACCUAGCCUCUGCUGAACUAAAAACUAGGGGAUGUCUACAUGUAACAGCACCAUUUUUCAUGAGAAUUUUUUGAUGUCACAAAAAACAAUGUGUACCCACAGAGCUUUACAUAACCUAAUAAAUGACCAGUUGACACUGUGCCUCUAAUUGUCCUCAACUGGAAGCAAAAAUGCUGCCUGUGAGUCAAAGCUGAUUAACGCUAUUGGUUGAUGAAUUUUAAUUUUUAAAAAAAAAGAGCCAAGGGGGAGCCAUAACAGCUCUAAACUUUCACAAGGACUGCCUCUGCUUUAGGGGAAUUUUGAUUUUUCCUGCUGUUUUGUUUGUUUUAAAAAAAUCAUGAUGUCUAACCUUCAGGAACGUACCUCAUCAUCCAACCCACAAACUGUUGGCAAAAUAAUAAACCUACACAGAAUGUACUGUUAGAUUUGUUUGAGGUUUUUUGGUUUUUUUUUUUUUUUUUUUUUACUUCUUCCUUUCAGAGGUAUAAAUCACAGCUUUUUGCUUUUGCAAAUUAAAGUAUAGGCUUUGCACUGGAUAGUUGGCACCGUUUCUUCUGGCCAAAUGUUCCAUGCUGCUUCCAAAGAAACUGCGGACACUGAGUCGGCUGUAGUUUGUCUUUGAACUCAUUUGCAAAACCUCAGUCUUUAUAGGCCUCCAAGAAAAAAUAUACAGAGUUUAUUUAUUAAGUUGCAGUUUAACUCUUUUUUUCUGCAGAAUUGUUGAUGGUAAUUCUGUUUGGGUUCAUCAGGUUUUUUAUUUGUCUGACUGAAUUCUUGCUGUUUACUUCUUCUGGUUUACAUGAAUGGCAUCAUCCUGUCAUAUAGGUCCAAAAAAACUAUAUAUUUAUGAUUAUUGUACACAGGCUGAAAAGAAUCCUGAAUCGAAAACAGUUCUCUUGCUAGUUAGUUGCAAGAGUAAGUUUCAAAUAAACCAUAGGCAAUUAUUAUUGAGUAAAUAUACUUUCCAUUAUAUUUCCAGAAGUCUCCUUAGCUACAUUUGCCUUCAUGUCUUUGUAACAUAGCAGACAAACAUUGCUGUUGUUGCAGCUUUUGCUGCUAAGUUGUUUAUAAUGUAUUUCUGAAUAGUAUGGAAAUAAGAAUGCACUAUGGACUCUCUCCUUAAAGGAGUUACUGGUUUUGUCUGUCAAAUACGGUUUAAAGUUUUGAUCAGCUGAAUGUUCAGCAAGGAAUAUAUUAAAAUUUUUGGUGUAUAAAACAUCGCAGGUCUUGUGUUAAUUUUAGACUUUUCCCUCUAGCAUCCUUGUACUGCUUUCUUCCACAAUGCUUCCUCUCCAUUGAUGUAAUGCCAUCUUUGGUACUCUAACAAAGGGCUAUAUAAAUGUUUGGAACCCAGAACAGAUGUUUUGGGGCAGCUUUCAUUCCGUUUGCCAAGUUCAGGCAUAAAACAAGAUCCUGACCACUUGUGGUUACUGUAGAUUGGAUGAUUUUUUCAAAGUAAGAGUAAGCGUUCUGGGUCCAAUGACUUCCUGUCUUCUGGCAUCCUAUCACAUCUUCUUUACUAUACCAUAAUGUUUCUCAAGUUUGCUUUUGUUUCACUCUCAUAAUUGGCUUUGUAUAUCCACUGACUGAUCUGAUUUUCCUAUCGAGACAGGGCUGUUCACUCCAGAUUUUCACUAGUGUAACUGAGAGGAAAAUUUGGUCCGUAUGCUCUGUAAUAAGAUAUAUCAUCACUGUCAAUAUUUUUCUUCUUCCCAUCACUCCCCAGCCAUAUGGCAACUUCACAGGAAACAACUGAACUGCAUAUGUUCUAAGUAGGACUUCUUCAUUCCCUACAAAAUCGAGGUUAGUUUUAAUACCAUUCAGAUUUAAAAAUGGAGGAAGUCCUUAAUCCUUUAGCAUAGAAUUUUCAUCUACCUUUAGCCACCCAAAGUUAGAAAACCAGUAGAAAGCUUUUAUAUGAGCUCCUCCUGUAGCCAGUAGAGGGAGGAAGCAACUUUGGGAGGGUGAAUCAUCACAUUCUAAAAUAAGAGUUGGGGGAAAUUUUAUUGUCAUGAGUGUGAGUACAAAUCUCUUCAAUAUCCACUGGUCUUAAUGGUGUUAUCUGCAGACCUGAAGGCAACAUUUGUGCUGGUGGAUUAAAUGGGGACAGGAAAUUAUUUUCCUGAGCUGUUGUUAAUCAUUCUGGCCUGUGACUGGUAAGCUCUCUCCAAAUAACACCUGAGCAUGACUCAGUGGGCGUCAUGAGCCAGGGACAAUUUUCAGCCAGCAAGACACAGGUAAGAUUACCUUGUUUUGGGCAGGAAAUUUAGUCCUAGCAAUAGAAGCCUUUCCACCUUCUUGCUUUUAGAGUCGAUUUAUUGGUGUAGAUACAUCCAAAGAUAUGUGAAGAAAACAGUACAAGAGAAUGAAAGAUGAACUUGAGUUUUUAAUUUGUGUUGUCUGAAACAGAGACUUGGGUGCAAGUAGCAACCCAAGAGACAAGAGGCACUGUUAGUGAGACUUUUCUUAUUAUGCAAAUUUUAAAGUCACUGCCCAUACUGGAGGUAGAGAGUGACUAACAGUGACUGUGGAAGACAGUAAUUACAAAGAAAGUCUUCCAGAACCUGCUAUAACUAAAUGACUUUCUGAAACCUAUCACACAACAGAUCCCCCUCGAAGCCAUCAUUAGAAGCUGAUCUCCCAGGAAAAUGCCCCAUAUCACAAAAGUGUUUCUGUAAAGUUUCCGAGCUCUACCUGCUGGAUCUUAAGACUUGUGACAAUUUUGCCUUAGAAACACUGGCUAUUCACCACAAAGUACCCAGAUUCAGCAACAAGUAGCGCAAAAUGUUUCAGCUAAUUUCAACCACCGUUAUGGAGCCCAGGGACCAUUGGAUAAAUUCAGAUGAAUAACCCUAUUUCUAAGUUUUUUCCAGGGAGUGUGUGGGUGUUGCAGACAUUUAACUGCCAGGCUAUUCAUUUUUCUGCACUAAUAGUUUCCAUACCAGCUGACUGACCAGUCUCCCUGAUGUGUCGCAUCAAUUUUCUUAUUAAAUACAAAAAUAAUGAAUGUUAGGAAUGAGCCUAGAAAGCUUCUCAUCUCCCACAUUGGGUCUUGGUGCCAAGUGUCUGGCUGGCAUCGUCUCCAAUAUUCUGCAAACAACAUCUGCAUGAGCAUGUCAGUUGUGUAACUCAUAAACGUAACAUGAGUGACUGCCGUGAUUUGCUAAGCAGCACCAGUUAGAGCUGUUUUGCAAGAGGGAGGCUUUGCAGCAUGUGGGAGAGACAGUCAUGCCAUGCCUUCCACAGGAAAGAGAAGGGGUACCAUGAGCAGGAGAACAUCAUUUUCAGGAAUGAUGCUGGGAAGAUUUCCCUCUUCCCCUCCAGGAUUCCUCUGUUUCCAGAUGUGAUUAAUGAUGCAUCCCCGCUGAAAUGAUCACACAUGUGAUGAGCUCAGAAAAAUUAGUGCUUUGGAGGCACUGAGCUACCCCAGUAGCUGCCUUGGAGGUUGACUUGGAGGAGGACAGUGUGCCAGAGAGAUGGGGAAGUUUGGGAGCGUGAAUAUAAGACCACAAUCUCUGAUGGACAGCACAUCUUGCUGAUGUUCUGCACAGCCUCUGACAGUAGCAUCUCUACUGGUGAAAAGAAAAAGAGGUCCAAGGUGCUUCUCCUUCACCCCAUAAAACUCAUAAUGAUGCUGUACAGGAAAGUAGCGCAGGCAGCAGACUGGAGCCCUGUGACUCAAGUGAUGUUCACUCACCGAGAACAUUAUGUCACUGCCUAGGAGGAAAAACUUGGAUGUCAGAGCUGAAAAGACAGUUGCAUUUUACUUCCUUCCCUCUUAUGACAAGUAUAUUAUAUAUAUUCUAUCAGCCAUUUCAGCAGAAGAUAGACCCACUUUUCCUGUCCUUUGCAUCAGUUUAUUGCAGCUGAUUUCAGCUGUUUAUUUUAGAUCAACAUAUGAUGGUUCACUUUUGUAAAAAGGCUGAAUUUUGUCAUUUCUCACUUCCUUAAGUCUAUUUUUUCAAAACCGCAUAAAAUUAUCGUCAGAACCAAGGCAUGUCAGUAAACUGCUUCUAGAGAGGUACUAGGAACAUCCUUGGUGGUUGUGUUAGCCUUGGGCUAAAGAUUGGCUCUUGUUCAAUAUCUGAAACUUUCCAAAUAAAACAGAUGACAAUGUGUAAAUAACUAAACCGCACAUGUGACAAUGACAGUGAAAUAUAAUGUGCCGGGUCAAAUUUUAGUUGGGUUAAGUCAGGCAUUUAGAGUAAUCCUUCUUUACCCCAUUUAAAUGUCACAUAGGUAAGUCAUGACAGCUCGCUCACUUCCAGGAAAAGCUUGCAUUAUCCUCAAGGAUGAAUUCAGGACCUCAGGAAGCUACCAAGCCAAAUGAAAAACAGAGAAAAAAAGCAAUGAGUUAGCGGCUUAAGCCAUAUGCCUCAGAUCAGUCUAGCCAUAAUUUCAAAUGCCACCAGGAUCAUUACAAAGCUAAUGCAGAUCUAUUGAGUACUUGGCCGUUUACUACAGGCAGAACAAGUCCUUUGAGUUAAAUCCUAAGAAAUCAGAUCCUUUGGGGUUUUAAUGGCUAUUAAAAAUCACAGGAUAUUUUCAUAAGGGGACGAGUUCAUUAAUCUUAUUCCCUUAAACAAAUUAGCCCUUUCCUCCUACAAAUACACUUUCAGUUCCUUAUUGUAAAAGGAAGGUGGGAGAGGAAGAGAGAAUGAAACCCUCUGGUGAUGUGCUGUAUCUUGCAAGAGCUGUACUGCUGCUUUUACUGCAACUCAAAGGCAAGGUGAGUGUUUUGCAAUGAAAACCCCAGGAUGCUGUUUCGAGACUUUCUGUACCAGUGGCUGGGCUACCACGCUUGGGUGCUCACUCUGCAUUUACGAUUAAGCACCAGUCACCUCUUGCAGAUUUGAUUUGCUGCAUGUCCCAGGCACCUGGUAACCUGCUCCAGCAAGGGUGUCUGCCAUGGGAAGGUUGAGCUGACCUGGCCUUCAGCACUUGUGGCUGCCUUGCAAAAACAACCUGCUGUCAAGUUUAUGAGCACAGUGAACAGAGCACUGCAGAGAUACAGGGAAGACUUGUAAGUGCAAACACUUGAACGCGUAUGCAACAGUUUUUGUUAUCAUAAUUAGCCUGUUAUCAUAGAAUCAUGAAAUCACAGAGUAGUUUGGGUUGGAAUGGACCUCCAAAGCUCCCCCAGUGCCAGCCCUGCCGUGAGCAGGGACAUCUUCACCAGCUCAGGUUGCUCAGAGCCCUGUCCAGCCUGGCCUGGGAUGUCUCCAGGGAUGGUUCAUCCACCAUGUCUCUGGCCAAACUUGGACAGGCUCUCACCACUCUCAGGGCAACAAUUUCUUCCUCAUGUCCAGCCUGAAUCUCCCUCCUUCAGUUUAAAACCAUCACCCCUUGUCCUAUCACAACAAGCCCUGCUCAAAAGUCUGUCCCCAUCUUUCUCACAGGCCCCUUUUAAGUCCAGAAAGGUGCAAUAAAGGCUCUCCAGACCCUUCUCUUCUCCAGCUGAACACCCCACCUCUCUCAGCCUGUCCUCCCAGCAGAGCUGUUUCAGACUUGGAUCAUUCCUGUGGCUCCUCUGACCCCCCUCCAGCAGGUCCAUGUGGGUCCUGUGCUGCGGACCCCGGAGUUGAGUGCGGCACUCCAGGUGGUCAGGGAUGAAAACCCUCUGUAAUCUAAUUAUGAAACAAAAGAGAGAAGGUAAAGGUGGAUGCAAGAGCAAUGAGACUGUCUUGGUCAGUGUCUGAUGUAACUGAAAGGGUUUGUAGGUACUACAGAAAAGGAAGAGUUAGAAGGCAAACAGGGCAACAAGUGUGUGAGUGAUUAGAGGAAACUGCACUGGAGUAUAAAAAAAAACAUGGAAGAUAGUACAGAAGUGUUUAAUUUGAGAACCAUAUGGAAAACCAGUGGAAAAUGCUGUGACGGGUUAACCACAGAGAGCAGCCACCAUUUACAUAGAGAAUUCAGGAUGUUACUCUACUGAUGGAAUGCAGAAGGAUCUCCACUUUGAAGAAAAGGGCUGUGAUUCAGCUCCAGACUCAGGACCUAAAUGUGGCCGAAGGGAUUAAAGAGCUAGCCAAGAUGAUAAUGAAGGUAUGACUGUGAUCACCACAGUGAAGAUGCUCCAUUUCUCAAAGAUUAUAGAUCAAGACUAAGUGCCUGUUAGCAUGUAUUCACACACAAAUCACUUGGCUUGAUAAAAAGAUAUUGAGUGAAAUGUGAUUCCUGUCCUUAAAAGAUGAGCAUCUCUGUAUUAUGAUUUAUUGGUGUUCUGUAUUUCCAUCUGCCGUGGGGAGACCUUCAGCAUUUCCAACAUCAGUGACUCAGUGCUGCUGAUGCUGGAAAGUGGGCACUGGUCCAGCCUGGAUUUCUUCAACAUCCUUCUAUGAAACACUGGCAAGAUUCAAAGAUGCUAAAUGGCUUUCCCAAACCUGUGUUAUAUCUAGCAAUAGGAGCCAGAUUUCCUACUUCACUACUCUUUAGCAAUCAGCUGAUAGCAUUCUCACGGCUUUGUUUUAAUGAUCUGUUAUUUUGAAACUAGAUGAUGCUGGAAAAUUGUCAGAAUACUUGAAAACAACCCGUGAAGUUAUAUUUAGUGGAUCAUACAAGUUUAAAUCCAUUUUCUAUUUUAGCUUUUUAUUGAGACAGUUCACCCCAGUAAGGAAAAGUGAUAGUUGCCUUUUCCCUUUCAGCUUACUCUAGCAAUGAGAAACACAGUGUUUGAACUCUUAGUUCAGAAUAACUGCCUGAACAAAUAAUAAAACAGAAGAACAGACUUAUCUGUAAGAUAAAGACCUUGGAGUAUUUUGUGAAGAACAUUUGAAAGAUCAGAACACUACAGGUUUCUCAUAAUCACUGGGAAUUGAAAAAGAAAUAGAAUUAGCUGGAAAUCUGGCUGAAUGAAAACAAUUUCUAAGAAAAAAAAAAUCCUAAAUUUAUUCUCUUUCCAGUGUUAUAUUAAGCCAAAAAUUCUGCUAGUGCUGAACAAGUAAUUUAUACUAGUGCAAAUCCAGAGAUUUCUAACAAGAAUAAAGGAGGGCUUUUAUGUUUCAAGUACCAUUACCACUAAAAGGCUUCAGAGUAUUUCCAUUUUUAAUGACUUCAACUGUAUGCCAAGUAACAAGGGAUAAGUUGGAACUAUCUUGCAUGGGUUAUGAAAUGUCAAAGCCUGAUAACACAUACAACACAUGGUGCCUACAUGGCUCAAAAGCCUAAGGCAGCAGUCCUUUAUUCCAGAGAUUUCAGACCAAAUCCCAUCCACCUUGAUACUGAAAAUUGUAAGGUAAUGGAUUUUCAGCCUGAAAUGAGUUGGUUUGCAGUUAAGAUCCUCUUGGAGAUAUGACCAAAGAUUUGAAUCAACGUGACAGUUACCUGUCUUUACAGAGGCAGACCAGCUGACUGGUUAAGAUUAGAUAACUUUUAGGUGACUGGAAUCUGAGAGUAAUCCGACCCUCCCUUACCUCUUUCCUCAUCUUCUGCACUAGGCUCCAUCCAUCUUUGCGACAGCACUAUUGCACUUACCCAGCAGAAAUACUUUAUAAGCUCGGUUAGCAGAGAAAUGCAGGGGGAGCUUCCACUGUUCCUAAAAGACUAUUCUUUCAGGAAAAGAUCUUGAAUCAUCUUUUAGAGUUUGAUCUUCUUCUCAUUGAGCCACCAUCUUAGCAAUGAAUUGCCACUGACUUGUAUGUUUACUUUCACUUACCUAGAGAAACGCGCACUGGGUUUGGACUUCUGAUGGGGUGACUCCCAAGGGUGCUUCUGCCUGAAGGCAAUAAGAGUGUUCAGGACUAGGUUUAUUCAUGAUAAUGUGGGAUGAGAGCUUUGAAUCAUGUUUUUUACUUGGGCAUUCACAUUAACUGCACCUGCUUUGCAGGGUGCCCUCAGCAAACUAGUGCUUUUUAGACAGAUAUGAAGUCAAUAACUCUGUCUCUAGGGAAGUGGCAGACUGUCUGGGUGACACAUGAAUGAGGAAAAGACAUUGUGUUGUAGCAGAAACCAGACAGUUAGAGAGCAAAGUAUUGUGUUAGCCUCAUGCUUCGACAUGUCAUAGACAGCAAAUUAUCUGGAACUUUGUGAUUCAGCUACUGCUUGUUGAGCACACAUGUGGAAAACUAAAUUUUAAAGAAUUAGGAGAUAUGAAUGGAGACUUUCUAGCGGAGAAAUAUGACCUGUCUUGUUGUCCCUUCAUGGGAGAGGUGAUCAAGGAAUAUUUAGUUGCUGGAGUGGGAGGAGAAAAUACUUCUGUUGGAGGAUCAGACCUGUCUGCUUUUGAUCCAGCAUGCUUACACAGCUGGACUUGCAUGAUCUCUGCAGCUUCCUGAGUGAAUUGCAGCCUUGUACUCUCUUUAGAGCCAUCUAUUACUUCCCACUGUGUAUGUACCUACCUAAAAAUCCAUAGCCGGUCUCGCAUCGAAUCAAUGCUCACAGUCAACUUGUAUCUAAACAAAUUGAAUAAAGCUAAGAGCUCUGAAGAUCCUCUUAUUUAUCCCAUGACAAGCAGAGAGACUCCCAGUUCUUCUGCUCCUGACACCUUUGUCAAUAAAAUCUGCAGAUUGUACAAUAUAAAGUUGUUUUAUAAUUCAUCUCCUUGACAAUAACAGAACCUUUGAGCAGGAAUGCUUUAUGUGGUUAUCACAAGAACAGUGCUCAAGCAGAAGCUGUAUCAGCAAAGUGCAAAAAUAAAAUUUUGUUCCUCUUGAAGAGUCACAUUUCAAGUAAUUUUUUGAUCUAAUGAAAAAGAUCAGAUUUGAUUUUAAAGAAGAAUUUAUAUUUGGCUGGCAAUCAGAUCAUAAGUAAGAGUCAUAGAACUUAUUAGAUCAUAUAUUCCAUUCUCUUUCCACUACAGGAUCAUUUUUCAGAUCUGAGGUCUAAUUUCAUUAUUUUAAAAGGACAAAACAUCAGACUUAUGGAAAGAAACGUAGCUGCUUCAGUAUUCAUCCUCUGAAGAAUGUUUUUUAGGCAUUAUCCCCAGAACUAACUGCUGUCAAAAUAAACUGCAAGUGGAAAUUAUGACAACUGGAUAUCUAUUUCAUUGAUUUGAAGGUGAUACCAGCUCCCUCACCUGCCCUGAUUUCUGUCCAUGGCUGUUCAUGAGCACACAGUAGAACAUGCUUUAAAAGUCGUGCCUCAAAUCUUUAAUAUAUAUAUCAUUUAUUCUAAAUCUACAGUUGCAGCUAAAGUUGUUUCAGUCUGUUAUGUAAACACUGUGCUAGCUUUUUAAAUAAAAGGUGAAGUUUUCAAAGCCAAGCAGAGCACUUAAGCAUGAAGUUUCGUUCUUUUCAGUGGAAAGUUACAUGUCAAAAUUCUGGACCUAAGAUUUAGGUGGGUGGACUAUAUGUUCUAAUAGUGAUUUCAGGUAAUUUAGUCUAAAAGAAGAAACACAAAAUUGAAUUUUAAACCCAUUCUUAGUAUUUUAUCAUUUUAUAAUAAAUUUAUAAAAAAUCAAUUAAUCAUUUUGUUUCUAAUCUGAACUUUAAUUCCUACCUUUAAUAUUAUCAAGACAAAAUUACAUCUGAAAGAGCUGUUUUCUAGACAAUUCUAGAACAAGAUAAUUCGACAGAGACCUCUAUCUCCAGUUUAUUACUUGGCUAAAGAACCAGGAAAAUGACAAAAUGCUGGGGAAUGAAUGGAACUGACACUGAUAUAGUGGCAUAAUAGUUUUCACCUCAGUAAUGUUUAGCCAAGGACACUCUGAGGUUUUGCCAACAGCAAGCUAACAAGAGAUGUAGUGUUUUCUUAUUUUACAGAUGUGUGAGGAAGGUUCAGAAGUGUUGACUGACUUGACUAUGUCUUAUGACUAGUUGAAAAAGAUAGGAAAAAAAUCUAUUAGCUUCCAAUUUUUCUUUUUUGUUGUUGUUGGUUUGGUUUGGUUUUUGCUUUUGCUUUUGUUUUUUUGUUUUGUGUUGUUUUAGUGCUUGAUAGCUGUGUUGGUGGAGGAGAUGCAAUUCAUAGAUUAUUGGAAGCCUGUCAGUGCAGCAAAGCCAUGUGCACGUGGUAUAAAAUAUGGAACAGAGGCACUGCAUACUUGUGGGUUUUGUAUUUCGGUGGGACCAGCCUGUGUUUCAAAUGUGCCAUUAUCCUUCAUAAGGAAGUUUCUCUCUAUUCUUGAAUCAGCUCAUAUUGUCAUUGCGCUCAUCAACCAACUCAGAAGGAUAUGCAGACAGCUGCAAAGAAUCUAAUUAACAUUUGGCUACAAAAGAAGAAAUUACAAUCUACUAUACUGUUUAAUCUGUCAGACAAGGUCUGGGUUAGAAAUUGAUUCAGUAUUUCUCUGUAGCUUCUCUGUUUUAAUGUAAUAGAAUCAUAUUUAGAGGAGGAGAAAACCUAUUAAUUUAUCUUGUCCAUCUAGCAUUGCUGCUACUUUUACCCUUUGGAUGACCUUAGGAAAAACCCUUCCUCUUCAUGUUUGUCUCCAUCAAACACCUGAAGAUUGUUAUCAUCUCUACUUUUAGUCAUCACUUACUUGGUCUUAAGUAAUUAAUUUAAUGUUUCCCUGCAAAUCAAAACUUACGUCAUUCUUUCUAUGUUUUUUCUCCUUAAACACCUUACAGUGUCCCAAUAUGAUCUCCUGCAGCGUAUGCUCUUAUCAUUCAGAAGAAGUACCUGUAUCCAAUAUUAAAAUCUAUCUACUAUUUAAAAUCACUAUUAGUAGAAGGAAUCAUUCAAAUUCUCUUUUUUUUUUUUUUUUUUUUUUAGUAGAAGAGAAUAAUAAGUAAUUGUAUUUCUGUGUGAUAACUGCAUAGAAGAGAGGGCAAAAAGAUUAUGAAGCACAGUAGAGGCAGAGUAGUUUGAAAGAGUAGCUUUUUUAGAUUAAUCUGAAUGCUCAGAGGCUUUUUUUUUCUGAACAAAUAACAAACAAAUUGUUUGGAUCAGAGAUAACGAUUGUGUUGACAGCAGACAUAUGAAUUAUACUGUUUUUACAAACUGGCGAGAAUCAAAUUGGAGCUAUUGAUCUGUAUUUCUGUAGGAACCUACUAAACAGAAAGCUUUGAGGGCUUUGCCAUUAGCAGCAUGGGUCAUUUUACCAACUAGGAAAGGCAACAUGCUCUGUUUGUGUCGUACACACUUCAUUGCUGGUGCAACAGAAGAUGCCUAGUCUUCAAAAAAUGUCAAGAGCCCUUCUGUAGCGAUGGGAAUAAUCCUUUUCAGAUAUAAUUAAAAGCCUUUCCUCUUCCCUCAACAGGCACACACACGAAGUAACUCUUUUGAGCAAUACAUUGUCAGGCUGGAAAAAAUCUAAGUUAACUUUUUAACUUCAUUAGCUUUGCAUCUUCUGCGUAGAGGAGACUGAACACAGACUGAAAGGAGUGGGAGGUGAAAAUAAGUCCUCAGGUCUCAAAUCGAUUAGUGCUUUUGGAAGUGCAUAGAAAGAAAAACAGAUCCUGCUUAAGGAGGGCAAUUUCGGGCCUUCCCUCUCUAGAGCCUGUAUUGGAAGUUCUCAUUAGUGACCUGUCUCCUUGGGAACCUGAGCUGGUGAAAGACAGCAAAGAGCUUAUUUGUUAUCUAGUUGCUGGUGGGACUGGUACCAUCAGCAACCUGAUCUACUGGGAGCAUGUAAUUGCAACCAGUGGGCACUAGGAGAGGGCAGAAAGUGUGAAGAGAAAUACCUUAGGCUAGUGGGUUUUUUUUCUUUUUUUUUCUUUUUUUUUUUUUAGCAUAUGAUUCAUGAAAUUCAUUUGUUAUUACAGGAAGGAUGGUUUUAUCAGCUGAAACAUACUGCUUUCUUGUUUGCUUUGAUACUAUCAGACUUAUGUAGAGGGAUCACAUUUCAAUAUGACAUCCAGGGACUGAUGGUAGAUAAGGGGAAAGUAUUUGUACCUUCGUAAUCAGUUUCCCCCAUAUGUAGAGUAACAUUUCCUUUAUCAGGGAAUGGAAAAUGAUGAAGUCAUCUGAUUUCAAAACUUGCAAAUGUAUCCCAUUUGCCUUCAAGUCACUAGGAGAAGGAAGGACAGAAUAUAUUAACCUUAAUCAAACUUUAGAUCAGAUUAUUUAAUCUCUGUUCUUCCCUCCUGUACUACUUUUACCUAGGAAUGCUGCAAGGUGAACCAAAGCACUGUUUUUUUCAUGCAUGGAUUAUUCAUAUUAAUUUUUACUAUUUCUUCAGGUUAAGUGGAGAUUAUAAGAAAAACAGGCUACAACUAUAAAAUCUCCUCAUAUAUUGAGUAAAAUCUUUAAGAACUUUAUCCACUUAGACAAAAUAGAGUUAAGUCGCAAUUAUUUGGUUUUUUAUUAUGAGAAAAAGAAAGAGAAAAACACAAAUCUUCAGUCUUGUUAAAUGAACUUCAGUGAGACAGCAACAACCUACUGUAGUUAUAUUCAUAGUUCUCUGCUGUUGUCAACAGAGUUGUGUUGCCAGAACAGUCAGCAAAAUACAGAGCAGCACUUAUCCAUUCCCCAGCUGUUUUUUCUACAUUUCUGAAGCUGGGAGACUAUGUUCUCUUUCCAUCUGAGCUCAGACAUGGAAAAGACAACUUUGACCACUGUUGCUUGGUGAGAAUGAUAGUUGUAGCAGAGUUGUCAGUGUAAGAAUUUGCUGAAGCUCAGCACAGAUCUAACCAUAACUGAAAACAAUUCUAAAUCUGCGUUAAAGAAGGGAUAUGGAAAGCUUUUUAUAAUUGCUGUGUUCACAUAUAUUAUUUAGAUGUUGUGGGUUAAAACUGUCAGAUUCUUGCUCAUUAGAUUAUCACUGGUGACAGGGUGUAACAGUGGUAAAUGGAGUCUGUGUAGUAGGCAGACUUGAGCAUACAGACCUUGAUGCAAUAAAGUUCUUUGCCCUAGAGUGACAUAUAGUAUGAAAUGGUCUUAAAUUAGGAAUUAAAUAGAUUUCAAACCUUUUUAAACCAUAAAAGAGAUAUAAUGAGGAUAUAAUGUGGGUCGGAUUUGGUCAAAUAGCUGACAGAGAUAGCCAAAACACUGUUUGUGGUGGUGUCAGAUACCAGGAGAGAGAUCUCAAUAGCCACAAACAAUUUUGUAUUCAGAACUGGAUGAAGCUUGUAUAAGACCACAUUUCCACACAUUAUAUUCCAAAUUGUUUUUAAAAAGUAAGCAGCCUUUAAGUAUAGUGUGCUGCAGAACUCCAUUAGAAUGCCUUUUUAGCAAGGUUAUGAAUUUUCAGUAAUUGCUGUGGUAAUCCAUAUUUAGCAUCUGCAGGAUUACUUUUAAUCAGCUUUGAGGAUAUGAUUUGGCACCGUUCAUUUUAUGCUUCUGCAUUUAACCAGUUAGGCUGAAAAAAAUGCCAUCGUUUUGCUGACUUAAUUUAAAGCCAAUAACAGUAAACCAGUAAGGGUAAGAAGGAGGAAGGAGAUUUGGUUACCAGCAAAAGAUGAGGAAAAUGGCCAUGUGCUGCUUUAAAAAAAACCCCACUAAUUGGAUCAAUAAUUGUGGUAAUAAAACAAGACUUUGUUCUGCAGUAGCACUUUUCCUCCAUAACUCUUUGAGGCUCUUGUGCCUUACGAGUCAAGAGUGACAUGCAUUCUUCAUAUUUCCACAUAUUCUUUUUUUUUCUGUGGUUCUUAAAUACAUCUCCUCUCUGCAUGUGUGGUAGAUAUUAUUUCAUUGCUGCAGCCUUCAUCCUAGAUACCUUACUGUUUCACAUCAUCUACUAGGACCAAGUCAGUACAUUACUUUUGCUCAUGGGGUGACUGAUGCUUUUAUCAGAGAUACUUUCUCCAAAAGAUAUGGGUUGUUUUUUGCCUAGACAAUGGGUAUACAGAUGCUGCUUUGCAAUCAUAUUGUUUCCAGCCAAGCGAUUAUUACCUUGUGCCUUUCCACUGUGGGUUUUACUGUGUUUCCUGAAAGGUGGAAUGGUGUUAAUGUUAAUAUCUUCCUGUAUAGACUUGGUCACAGCUUGUCCAGGUCGCUAUCAGAGAAUAUAUAUAUUAAUAAUUACUAUUGAUCAAGUACCUGGUGUUUAUUUCAGUGUUUGGUUUCUGGUUUUGUGUCCACACUGUGACUUGCACUUACCCUUAAUGUUAUUUAUGAGAAGGCAUCAAGCUGAGCAUCUGGUGCUGAGACUGUCCUCAGGGAACCUGGGUCUGAGGUUUACAGAUUGAAGAGGUUUUUAGGAUCAUCUGUGGUGACCUGCUGCAAAGCACAAACCAAACCCACCACCUAGAUACUCCAGCACAGGUUAGAAUCAUAGGAUCACAGAACCAUUUUGGUUGGAAGAGACCCUCAGGAUCAUCAAGUCCAACCGUAACCUAACUCUAGCACUAAACCAUGUCCCUGAAAACCCCAUCAAAAUGCCUUUUAAACCCCUCCAGGGAUGGUGACUCCACCACUGCCCUGGGCAGCCUGUUCCAAUGCCUGACAACCCUUUCCAUAAAGGUUUUUUUUUCCUAAUGUCCAAUCUAAACCUCCCCUGAUGCCACCUGGGGCCAUUUCCUCUUGUCCUAUAGAGUGACUCAUGUUUACUAUUUAAAUGAACCUUCUUAGCUUGAUAUUGAAUGGGAGGAGGUAGUCUGGCAAGGUAUAAAAGUGGAGGGUUUACCCUUCUUCUAAGAAAUCUGCACUGUUAGAAAUUUGCCUCUU